GAUGCACCUUACACAGAACGCCAUUUGGAAGCCAAACCGACGACGACGUCGUUCUCAGCACAGCGUUUGGCGGGAAAGCUCUUGUUUCCCGCCUAAUCCCUUUUGUGCUGCUUCCCAUGUAAAAUAAAUAAGGCUUCCGUAUCAUUCUGUUUCUCGAUUUCUAUUUGUCUCGCUUUCUUGGAGAAGAAGUAAAAGAAAAUGUUGGAGCUUAGGCUGGUGCAGGGUAGUCUCUUGAAAAAGGUUCUAGAAGCAAUGAAGGACCUGGUCAACGACGCCAACUUCGACUGCUCGGCGACGGGAUUCUCCCUCCAAGCCAUGGAUUCCAGCCACGUGGCACUGGUGGCUCUCCUCCUCCGGUCUGAGGGCUUUGAUCACUAUCGCUGUGACCGCAACAUCUCCAUGGGCAUGAACCUCAACAACAUGUCCAAGGCCCUAAAAUGCGCCGGCAAUGAAGAUAUCAUAACCAUCAAGGCAGAUGACGGCAGCGACACCGUCACCUUCAUGUUCGAAAGCCCCAGUCAGGACAAGAUUUCAGACUUUGAGAUGAAAUUGAUGGACAUAGACAGCGAGCAUCUCGGGAUUCCAGAGGCAGAGUACGACGCCAUUGUUAGGAUGCCAUCCUCUGAAUUUGCAAGGAUAUGCAAGGAUCUCAGCAGCAUUGGCGAUACUGUUCUCAUCUGUGUGUCAAAAGAAGGGGUGAAGUUCUCCACCAGAGGUGAUAUCGGGGCUGCGAAUAUCGUUUGCAGGCAGAACACUACUGUUGACAAGCCAGAAGAAGCAACCGUUAUACAAAUGGAGCAGUCAGUUGCACAGCCCUUUGCCCUGAGGUACAUGAACUCUUUCACGAAGGCGACCCCAUUGGCGAGCCAAGUGACGAUCAGCAUGUCUUCAGAUCUGCCCCUGGUGAUCGAGUACAAAGUCGCAGAAAUGGGUCACAUUAGGUACUACUUGGCUCCCAAAAUAGAAGAUGAUGAAGGGGCAGAGUCUCACUUGGAGACCAGGCCUCAAGCAGAAAGCAAGCCUGAGAAGGAGGUGAGGCCUAAAGUGGAGACCAAGCCUGAGGUUGAAUCAAAGCCUCAAGCAGAAGGUGAAGCUCCUCUUGAAACAAAGCUUCACGUAGAUGCUGUAGAUUCCAAGCCUCAGGUCGAUGAUAUUAAAGCUGGAGUUGAAGUUAUGGAUGUUGAGUAGUUUCAUCUUGCUGAACUGGCCUGAACUGGACAUUCCCAGUCAUUUUGCAUCAUAGCCAGUUUUGUGAUUCAGCCAAGUUGGAGGAAUACCAAGGAUUGGAUUGUAGGGCAAAGAAUUGUCUAGGUAAGAAGGGGUAAUUUAGUGGGUUGUAAAUUCCAAUUAUUGUAAGAUUUUCUUGGGGGGCUUAGUAAAUUUUUUGGGAUUACGGAUAGAAGUCAUGUAAGGAUUCUGUCAUAUAUUUUCAAAUAUCGCUCAGAUUUUGGUUGAAA